UGAAACAAAAGCUUCAAUCUCGUACUUCAUUACAGAUGCUGCAGAAGUGUGUGAAGCAUCAUAUCAGUAGCGAACGUUUCAACAGUUAAAACAGUUAAAAACUCACAAAUGUGACGAUCGAGUUUAGUGUUUUCCUUUUUAAUCACUUUUAGUAACAAAAACAAACUCCCGAAUUCAGACAAACAAAAGUAAUUCGCAUCAAAAUACGAGUGAUCGUGCGUUAGCGGACGCGUACUUUCUCGUUGAGGUUAAUCCUGCUGGGACGCUUCCAUCUUUCCACACCAAAAAUGUCACAGAAAAUGAAGAAACCGGCCGCAAAGCCAUCCUCCACCACCGCAACCAACAAUGGCAACACGGCCCAUACGCCCAGCGGUGCCCAGUCCGUGUCGUCGUCCGCCUCGACCGUUUCGAGCGCCUCGGAAUCGUCGGAAACGGCCCUCAGCCCGUCGCGUCGUAGCCGACUGCACGAAAAGAACAGUCUCAUGAACCUGAACGAUCGGCUGGCCUGUUACAUCGAGCGGGUGCGCUACCUGGAGCAGGAAAACUCACGCCUCUCGCUCGAGCUGACCACCUUCCAGGAGACGGCCGCCCGGGAAGUGUCCGGGCUGAAGUCGAUCUACGAGCACGAGCUGGCGGACGCCCGCAAGCUGCUCGACGAGACGGCCCGCGACAAGGCAAAGGUCGAGAUUGACGCGAAGCGCUACUGGGAGGAGAACGAGCAGCUGCGCACGAAGCUGAACCGCCGGACGAAGGAACUGAGCGAGCUGGAGAAGGAGGCACGGGCGAACGAGUCGCGGUGCAUCGAGCUGACCGCGAACUACAACACGCUCAGCUCGGAGCGCAAGAAGCUGCAGGACGAGCUGAGGGAAGCGGACAAGGAGUCGGACAAGCUGCGCCGCACGUUCGAGAAGAUGCGCAAGGACUACGAGCACGAGACGCUGGUGCGCGUGGACCUGGAGAACAACAUACAGAGCCUGCGGGAGGAGCUCACGUUCAAGGAGCAGGUGCACAGCCAGGAGCUGAGCGAGAGCAAGCUGCGCCGGCAGAGCGAGAUCAGCGAGAUCGACGGCUUCCUGAUGGAGCAGUACGAGACGAAGCUGCAGCAGACGCUGCAGGAGCUGCGCGAUCAGUACGAGCAGCAGCUGCGGUUGAAUCGGGAGGAGAUAUCGGACCUGUUCGAGGGACGCAUCCGGGCGCUGGAGGAGCGGCUGGUGCUGGAGCGCACCCGGUACGACGAGGAGAAGGCCAAGCUCGAGCAGCAGCUGGACGGGAUGCGGAACGAGAUGGCGGUGCAGCUGAAGGACUACCAGGAUCUGAUGGACAUAAAGAUUUCGCUCGACAUGGAGAUAGCGGCGUACGAUAAGCUGCUGUCGUCGGAGGAAACGCGCCUCAACAUUACGCCGAACGUGACGAGCACGAGCACCGGCGGUAGUUCCGCAUUCACGUCCAGCUCGCGACUGUUUCGAACGCCGUCGCUGAAGCGCAAGCGCAACAAUCUGGACGAAUCGAUCGACUACUCGGUGGUGACGUCGGCCAAAGGGGACAUCGAGGUGACGGAGUGUGAUCCCGAGGGACGGUUCGUGCGCAUCGCUAACAAGUCCAAGCAGGAGUACGCGCUGGCCGGCUGGCAGUUGAUCCGGCGGCCAGUGGAUGGGGCCGAGGUUAGCUAUCGCUUCCCAAAGUCGGCCAAAAUCGAGGGCAACGGGAUGGUGACGGUCUGGGCCACGGUGGCAAACCGGAAGCCGGAUCCACCGACGGAUUUGGUGAUGAAGGGUGCCCUCUGGACGGUGACUGAUGCCAUGUCGACGGUGCUGGUGAAUGAGGAGGGUGAAGAGAUGGCGCUGGUCGAACGGCACCGAAUGAUGAAGCCGCCCAAGGACAAAUACUUCCACCACGAGGAGAGUGGCGGCCGGCUAGGGGUGUACGGAGCGUCCGGGCUGUCGAAAUCACCCUCGAACGGGUCGGAGGCUGGGCGUGUUGGGAACAAAAACGAUGAACAGUGUAGCGUCAUGUGAAUGAGAGUGGGCGAUGUUGGGCGCAGUAGAACAAGUAAGCGGUUUGGUUCCUUUUUGCAUUCAGUGUUAAAGACCGUAGUCAGUCGUUGUGUCAUUUUGUACGUAAAAAUGUAAACUCCAAACGACACGAGAAGUACACGAGGAGAAGAAGCUUUAGUUUCAACGUUAUAUAGUCAAUUGUAUCGAUCAAUAAAUGCAUGCUAAAGAUCA